AUGUCUACCACCACUCAAACCGAAACUGCCCAAUUGCAAUUGAACGCUGGCUCCAUCCGUCACGCUUUGUCCGAUGUCGUCAAGACAGAUGACUGGUCUGACUUCAAAUUCACCCCAAUCCGUGAAUCCACUGUCUCUCGUGCCAUGACCUCCCGUUAUUUCAAAGAUUUGGACAAGCAUGCCGUCUCCGAUGUCAUUAUCGUGGGUGCAGGCUCCUCCGGUCUCUCCGCUGCCUACGUGAUCGCCAAGAACAGACCAGACUUGACCGUUACCAUCAUUGAGGCUAGCGUAGCCUGCGGAGGCGGUAGUUGGCUGGCGGGAGCACUAAUGAGCGCCAUGAUCAUCAGAAAACCAGGUCAUCUUUUCUUAGAAGAAUUGAAAAUUCCUUACGAGGACGAAGGUGAUUAUGUUGUUGUCAAACACGCCGCAUUGUUUAUCACCACUGUGAUCUCUGAGGUCCUAAAAUUCCCUAAUGUCAAGCUUUUCAACGCUACCGCUGUUGAAGAUUUGGUCACUAGACCAGAUGGUCCAAAUGGUGAACUUACCGUCGCCGGUGUUGUGACCAACUGGACUUUGGUCACUCAAGCCCACGGUACUCAGUGCUGCAUGGAUCCAAACGUCAUCGAAUUGUCUGGUUACAAGAACGAUGGUACCCGUGAUCCAUCUGCCAAGCACGGUGUCAUUUUGUCUACUACCGGUCACGAUGGUCCUUUCGGUGCUUUCUCUGCCAAGAGAAUCGUUUCUAUCGAUGAGAACCAGAAGUUAGGUGGUAUGAAGGGUCUAGACAUGAACCACGCUGAAGCUGACGUUGUCAAGAAUGCUGGUAAGUACAACGGUGUCAACUCUAUGUACUUUGCUGGUAUGGAAGUUGCUGAGUUGGCUGGUUGUAACAGAAUGGGUCCAACCUUCGGUGCUAUGCUUGUCUCUGGUAUCAAGGCUGCCGAGGAGAUCUUGAAGCACUUUGCUGAAUAG